AUGGAAAAAAUGAUUGAUGCCUGCAGGUGCACCGGCCCAAGAGAGUUAGCGGCGGAAAUCGCAAGGGACGUCGGUAAAUCUCCGUUUACCGACGACAUUCUUAAUGCGGCAAAACCCCGCCGGUUUACCACACCGGUAUUCCAAAAAUACGACGGAACGACCGACCCGGUGGACCAUAUCAAGGGGUACAAACAACAGAUGUCCAUCGAGACAACCGACGAGAAAUUAAUGUGCAAGAUCUUCCCUUCCAGUCUCACGGGGCCGGCGUCGACAUGGUUUCAGGAUCUCAAGCCGCAUUCUAUACCGGAUUUCGACACACUGAGCCGCGCUUUCAUUUCACAAUACUUCUGCAAUCGCAAGCAAAAGAAGGACAUGGCGACUCUGUUCAGUACCAAGCAGAAGCCGGAGGAAAAGGUAGGGAAUUUUUUUGAAAGGUUUAAAGCUGAAAUGCACCAUGUUAAUUGUGAUCCCCAAUUCGCCGCGAUCUCAUUCGGAGAAGGAUUGCUUUUGGGGACGCCAUUAUGCGAAAGUUUGCUGCGUGAUCCGCCAAAGGACAUGGACGACAUCAUUACAAGGGUUCAGGGGGAGAUCAGAAUUGAAAAAGCCAAAGAAGCACGCGAAGCCCAACUCACUGCCGUUGUCACCUCGAGAGAAGUUGAAUGGAAUAACACAAAGAAUGACAUUCAUAGUGAUAAAGGAGGGAAGCCUAAAGAUUAUCCCCUUGAAGAAUGGUUUACGAUUCACCCUGUGACCAUAUACAAAAGACACGGUCAUGAAGGAAUAUUUGAAAAGCCGCCCCCCCCAACCGGAGGCUAA